AUGACGUACCCGGAAGUGAGCGGGGAGAUGUAAACAGCGACUGCUGUCAGUUGGGGAUCAGUUGGGGAGGAAGAUGGCGCAGCGGGGCGGCAGGGCGGAGGGCGAAGCCUUUGUCUCCUCUGGACGCUCCCCGGUCCCCGAGCGGUGUCUGGCAGCUGCUCUCAUACAGGGCCUGGGUGUGGUGUGCGCCUGCACGGCCCUGGCUGAUCCCGCUUGGCUACUGGUGAUGGUGGAGGGGAAGAACUACGUGUACGGGGCCGCCUAUAUCCUGCACCUCGGCUUCAACCUGACCGAGCCAUCCGACGCACAUCAUCUCCUCCACAAGAGCGGCCUGUACGUCCUUGUGCUGCUCUCCACCUGCUGCUACCUCUCCAUCCUCCUCGGGGUGUCCGCCUUCCUGCUGGACUUUCUGGGGACCCGGUACAUGAGGAUAAAGAGUCUGGGGGGCAUCCUGCUGCCCCCCAUCCUGCACUUUACCACAGUGUUGUCGUCAGCGGCUGCCGUGGCUCUCUGCACCUACCUCUACGUCUUCCUGCACCGUGAAGUGCUCUUCCAGCUCAUCAAAGCGCCUGCAAACACCUUGUCGCUGGGCGAGAGUUACUAUUUUACCAUCGCUGCCUGUCUGGCGUCCAUCGGUGCUACCGCCUUCAGCCUCCAAUAUGCCAGGAAGUACAGUAGAGAAGACAGGACAUUCACAGCCGCACUAGAAACCGGAGAAACCUCCCCGCUCCUGCAAGAGCCAGAGACCCCCGACCCCCCAGGGGAGUACGGGUGACCUGCUGCGUAUAGGCACAACCCAAGCUUAGGACCAACCAAAUGUUUGCAUGAGUGUGACUAUAUAGCACAGCAGUGUUUCCCAACCAGGGUGCCUCCAGA